AUGCGGCGUACAGGGACACUUGUGUCAGAUUGCUGCUUCGUUCAUGCACUAGGCAAAGUAGACGUCGGCCCAAAGCUACUUAGUCGCAAGCAGAAAGAAGUUAACCCGGAAUUCCUAUUACUCGACGAGUUAGAGGAACAAAACACUGAAACUGCUUCCUCUCUGCCUCGGCAGUGUUUCUCCGGUGUCAAAGACGACUCUAUAUCACCUCAGGCUACCCAUAGUUUUCAUUCGCAAAUUGCCGGUCUGGAUGAUAAUGACAAGCGUGUCGAGUUGGAAGUAGCCAUCGAUCAGGAUGUGGAGGGAAUGAGAAAUGAGGAUUGCGAGCUGGGAGAUCACGAGGAGUCUGUGACGACGGAUGGAGAACAAUGA